CAAGCGGCGAAAAGUCGCAUGACAGGACGUCGUCGUCACCGUUGAUGUCGAACCAUUCUUUUUUCUUUUCACCCCACCUCUACCAUGUCUAUGGGUAUCCAGCGCGAACGACUGAGUAAUGAGCUGCAAAGAAACCUCAGCAUUCUCGAAGACACUUUAGGAAACCAAACGAAGAGGGAACUCCUUCUUCAACUAAGGGGAGAUGAAGCCCAAUUCACACUCGAUUUACUCCAACUGCUAGCCGAUCUCCCAGGUCCAACCGCUCCUCGAUCCCGUAUCUUGAAGAUCAUGGCCCGUCUCUCAAAGAAUUCACGACGCUUCCCACAGUGUCUCGUCGUUCGAAAUCUCAAGCUUCUCGGCAAGCAUCCUUUCGGCUGUGGAGCAUUUGGUGACGUCUGGAGAGGAAUAAUUGGCGACUCGGCGACAGGUCAGAUUGAUUGCGCAGUAAAAAUCGUCAGGAGGGUCUACUUCAACCAGGCAGCUGCUGGUCAAGAUGAUCAGAAUUAUCAAAAAGUUCUCAAUGACCAUCUCCGAGAAGCGAUUAUUUGGAGGCAACUCAAGCAUCCCAAUGUGUUACCAUUCCUUGGAAUAUAUUAUCUGGAUGGCAACAGAGACGACGUGUGCCUUGUCUCUCCUUACAUGGUUAACGGAAACCUUACUCAGUUCCUAAGAAACACUGAUCCAGACAAGGUGGUCAGUCACAUCCUGAUCUCCGACAUCGCGUUAGGACUGGAAUACCUGCACAACGAAGACAUUGUCCAUGGCGAUCUGAAAGAACUCAAUAUCCUCGUUACAGAAAGCUAUCGAGCAUGCAUCUGUGAUUUUGGUCUAUCUCACUUGGGUGUCACUCUCGGGCUCCCACCCUCAACUUAUCGGGGAGGUACAUUGGGGUAUAUGGCCCCAGAGGUUCUAUUUGGGAGUUUGAGCUCAAAGCAAAGCGAUGUGUAUUCCUACGGGUCUCUGUGCCACAAGAUCUUAAGCAAGGUGUACGACCUCCCCAACAAUCUAGUCCGAGGCCUUGGGGGAGAUCUGGCAUCUCAACCGCCACCUGCGAAUUUACCGAAAGAUGAAUACUACCUGUGGUCCCUUCUACAGGAUUGCUGGAAACAGGAGCCCUCAUCGAGACCAACUGCCAGAGACAUCGUCCGUCGCGUCGCCACCGCGGAUGCAGUUGCUCCUGCACCAAACUGGAAUGAAUCAUUGCACUCAAGCAUACGCAACAACAUCGACCUUAUGUUGCUCGUAAGGGAGCUCGAAUCCCGAUGUCGAUCUCGACGUCAGAUAACAUCAGCAUCGACGGAAACUGUUGGAAAUUUAUCGUUUGGCGGUGGUCACACUCCGAACACUGAUCUUCAGCGAAAUCCAGUCAGUCCAUCGCCGCAGGCCACCGAGAGGGAACAGCGUAUCGAAGAACUGGGUGGCGAUGGAAUCCAGACGAUCAGCUUGCGUAUUGGCAACCAUCACAACAGAGUCGCUUCACCCUCACCCGCAGACAAUCGUUCAGGCAAUGUUCACGAGUGGACGUUCUUCGUCAUACCUAGUCGGACUGAUAUCAUCCGGGAGGUGCGCAUCUCAUUGCACCCAACAUUCAAAGAGAGAGACAUCAUUCUCGAACACCCACCAUACUCCAUCACUCGUCUGGGAUGGGGCAUCUUCACCAUCGAGGUCAAGGUUGUCUUGAAGUCAGGAUAUUCCUGGGUUUCUGAGGACGCAUGGAAUUCGCCAAAUGGUGAGGUGAAAUCCAUUUUGCCUCUCGAGUGGGAACUGGAUUUUAGUGGAGGCAGCCAGACGACGUAUGCGCUGGAGGUCAAGAAUAAGACAGUACACCAAAAGUGGCUACCGCGUUCUCCCCCUCACAAAUCUCGCUCGACCGAGCCGUAUUCGCGGAAGCGAUGAAAGAGCUAUACGAGCGGGUUUUUCUCCCCAAGUCCCCUACACGUUCACACCACAUACUAUCAUCGCCAUACCAUCCCCAACCCACACCGUAUCAGCGGCAACUUUACGAAUACCACGAAGAUUGGGUCCACGAAGAAAAAAACGGAUAGGCUGAGUUGAUUAUGAUUGAGACGAUGUAUUGUCAAGUGGGGAUUUGGAGCAGAAGACCCUGGACUUGCGUUUGGAGGAUACAGUGAUGUGGAGCUGAAAUCGAGGAUAAUGCACAUCGAGUUAAACCGGAGACAACGAUGAAACGGUGCACAGCGACGAGUCGUAUCUGAGGAAGACUGGAAUCGCCACUUCAUAAUAACUGUCCGCGUUCAACCUACAGUAGCCCAAAAUGAAUGUCCUCCAACAUGACUAUAUGCCUCCCUGCGGCGGCCAUUCAGACCGUUGAAAACCUGCUGCUUAUGUUCGUCC